UCCUCCGGGUCCUCCGGUUUCCUCCCACAGCUAAAGAUCCCUACGCGCAAGCGAAUUAUGGAAAUAAAAUUGAACCAUAUGUUAGUCGAGUGGACGUUAAACCCCAUUUCUCUCUCUCUCUCCAAGUGAGAGAGGGAUACACAUGACGAUGGUUAUCACUACUCUUGUCUGUAAUCCUCAUCCUUUUCCUGACCAGAUCAUCUAAUGGACUCCUAUAUUUUUCGAAAUCCUCAAUUAAAAAAUAUCUAUUACUUAAAUGACCAAAUAUUCCUGUCUUGUUUUACUUUAAGGUGGUCCUUAACCUUUUGUCAGUUGUAUUUAUUUUUAUAACUUACUUGCACCACCGGCACUGUUUGCGGGAGUUCCAACACCUCCUAUAGAAUUCAACUCAUUGUUAAAAAUAUAAUUUGCGGGUCACGGAAAGAUAACUCUGUUUGGAAACAUGGUUUGGUGUAGAGGAGUAACCGAAGUUGGCCGAGUGAAAUCUGCAGCCGGUUGCCGAGUGAAAAAUAGAAAGUAACUCAUUGAAGAUCCAGUAUUGUGCAUAUAAUUGCUCUUUAGCCUAGCAGAAAAAAGGUUUCGAGUAUUUGAAGAUGGAACCAUGCAACACAAAACAUCUCAAUUCCUCAUCUAUGGUUGAUUUAAAGGCAGAACUGUUUAGAAAACAAGAAGAAUAUAAUAAAAGAAAAUUAGCAACUAAAGAUGGAGAUUAUAUAAAAGGCAAAGUUAGCGACAGUAACAAGAAGAAAGGCAGUCUAUUCAGUAAACAAAAUAAAGGAGUUUUAGAGAGAGCAGAGAGAGAUAGAGAAGUGAAAAUAGAAGAAGAAGAUGUACAUGCUAGAUCAAGGAAGGCGUUAGAAGCGAAAGCUAAACUGUAUGAUAAGAUGACAAAUAGCUCUGAUAUUCCAGAGGAGGAUGGAAGUGGAACAUAUUUAGUUGAUUUCCAAAGAAAAGUAAUUGAUUGUAUAUGUGAAAAAAAAGAAAAAGAAAGAGAAGAAGAAGAUAAUAUACCUCCACCACAACAUCCUGAUGAACAGUGGGUAGAUUAUGUUGAUUCUUUGGGGCGAUCAAGAAGAUGUUUAAAAAAAGAUCUCUCACAUCUAAUUCAACAAGAUAAAGAUUUAUGUGGAAAAAGAAGCUUAACUACAGAGAAAAAAAAGCUGGAUGAGAGUUUACCAACAUUAUUAUCAGCUGACAUGUAUCGUGAAAUACAGCGUAAAAAAUGGGAAGAAGAGGAAGAAGCUAAGUUGAACGAACCAGUUGGUCCAAUACAUUACGCUAAUGUUCAACAUAAUGAGAUAAGAACUCAUGGUGUAGGUUUCUAUCAGUUUUCUAAAGUUGAAGAAGAAAGACAAAAACAGAUGGAUACAUUAACUAAACUUAGAGAUGAGACAGUGGAUGCUCGGUCAAAAUCAGAGAGACUGAAGGAGAAAAGAAAAGCCCAGCUAGAAACUAGAUUAGCUCAUGUUAAAAAAAGAAGAAGAAUGAAAGAAGGAUAUGUUGAAGAAACAGAAGAUGAGAAGAACGAAGAAGAAAUUGGUCCCAAGUUAGAAGAGAUGAUAUCACAAGAAAGACAAGUUGUUAAUGAUGAUAAGGGUAAUAAAUUAAAUGAGAAACCUGUAGAGAAACCAGUUAGAGAAUGGGAUAGAGGAAAAGAAAAAAUGUUUGAGUUGAACUCUCAUCGUUAUUUUGAAAAGAGAAGAGAAGAGAGAGAACCUGAGUUUGCUCCACCUUCAAUUUAUAAAGAUACACAGUUUAUGCCCAGUGCUAAUAUCAGCUGUCAGUCAAAGCUAUAUUCUAAAAAGACAAGUGACAGUUUAGAGUUUGCUCCACCUUCAAUUUAUAAAGAUACGCUGGUUGCACCACGUGUUAAUAUCAGCUGUCAGUCAAAGCUGGAUUCUAAAAAGACAAGUGACCAUACAAUCACAAAUAAAAUAGAAGUUAAAGAUUUAAAUGUAAGUGAUAUACCAUUGCCUAGUGAUGAUACAAUGUAUCAGGGACAAAAGGAAACAAAUAAAACCGCAGAUAUUUUGAUACCAAACUUCAAUGUUCCACCCCCUGGUUAUAAUCCUAUUACACCUUUUCACACUGAUAUCACUCCACCAGCUUUUAUUACUAAUAUACCUCCACCCAGUUUUAUUCCUAAUAUACCUUCACCAGCUUUUAUUUCUAAUAUACCUUCAUCAGCUUUUUAUCCUCCGUCUGCUCCUGUGAAUUUAAACCCAGCAUAUGAUGAUCAGCACCACGAUUUUAAUUAUUACCAAAGUAUUCCACCUGCCCAUAUUACAGAACAGACACACCAAGCAAACUAUUCAAGUGGAAUAAUUUCUCAAACUGACAACAGUUAUUCAACAAAAGAACCUGUAGAAAGGAUGAAAAUCAUUGACACCCGGUUUGUUGAUAAGGAAGAUGGACUGGAUGUUAUGGAACAAGCAGAGAAUAUAGACAGUGUAUCAUAUAAACCUGGUUCCUUUACAAUAGCAGCAUUAAACAGUGCAAAUGCUGUCAUUAAUGACAAUGAUUUGAAAGAUAAUAUUUGUGAAGAGUUUCAUACUGUACAGCCAAGUUCUUAUAGUGGUGGAGCAGUCAAUUAUUCAUCACAAACAAAUACUUGAAUACAAAUGAAAAAUAAAUUAGUAUUAAAUAU